AUGCAUUUGGAGGGUUUGGUGGGACCCAGCAAGAUGCACAGCUACGCCUUGAGUAGUGGGAACUUCUUGGUGGGCUUGCGAUCCUUGAGUAUUCCCAUCAUCCUGGCUGCUUGUGGCAAGAUUGCUGGACCUUCAUGGCAACUGGUCCUGGGCUGUGAUUACCGAAUCUGCUCCAAUGACACUGACUUCCUCUUGCCUAUCAUCUCACCACCGGAGUGCCUUGGGGAAUUGGUGGGUUCCGCCUUAGCCUCGCAGCUCUGCAUCAGCAGCGGCACCUUGGACGCGCAAGCGCUGCAGGAGCUGAACAUCCUCAACCAGGUCCGGCCCAAUAAGGACGAAACCGCGCGGGCGGCCAGUGAACUGGCCAAACGCAUCGCCGGUUUCCCAGGUAUCGCCUGCCGCCAGACCAUGAGUUUGCUGACAGUGCCACCUGUGCGCUAUACCACGGUAGGGUCGUACAAGCUGCCGGAUCCCGAUGUCAUCGCAUAA